AUAGUUUCAAAGUGAUUAAAGUCAUCAAAAUGGAGGAUUCCAAGAUGUAUAAGAAAACAAGAACCACAGGCAACAAACUGUGACCUUUCUUCUCUGUAUCUCAGCAGCAACAAUGACACAACAACAGAGAAAACAUUCCAUAGUCCUAUUCCCUUUCAUGGCACAAGGCCACAUAAUCCCCUACUUAGCCUUAGCCCUCCACCUUGAAAAAACAAAGAACUACAACAUCACCAUUCUCAACACCUCUCUCAACAUCAAAAAACUCAGAACCUCUCUCCCACCACACUCCUCCAUCAACCUCCUUGAAAUCCCCUUCGACAGCACCCACCACGGCCUCCCUCCGAACACUGAGAACACCGACGCCGUCCCCUACAACCUCGUUCUUCCACUCCUCCAAGCCUCAGCUUCACUCCAACCCUCAUUCAAGCAAAUCAUCAAACACCUCAUCGACAACCAGCUGGAAGAAGAAGAAAAACUCUGCAUCAUCGCCGACUUCUUCUUCGGCUGGACCGCCACCGUGGCCAGAGAAUUGGGCGUGUUUCACGUCAUCUUCAGUGGUAGCAGCGGCUAUGGCUUGGCCUGCUACUUCUCCCUCUGGGUUAACCUCCCCCACCGCCGCGUCGACUCCGAUCACUUCCCGUUGCCGGAUUUUCCAGAAGCUGGUCAAAUUCACCGCACGCAGCUACCCAGCAACAUCGCAGAAGCUGACGGUGAAGACGCGUGGUCCCUGUUCCAAAUCUCGAACAUUUCCAACUGGGUCAACUCGGAUGGGUUUCUGUUCAACACGGUGGCGGACUUUGACUCUAUGGGUCUCCGCUACGUCGCGCGGAAGCUGAACCGGCCGGCAUGGGCGAUCGGACCGGUGCUCCUCUCCACCGGAAGUGGUUCUCGCGGGAAAGGCGGUGGAAUCAGCCCGGAGCUUUGCCGGAAAUGGCUUGACACGAAGCCUUCGAAUUCGGUUCUGUUUGUGAGUUUCGGAUCGAUGAACACGAUCUCUGCUUCACAGAUGAUGCAGUUGGCAACGGCGUUGGAUCGUAGCGGGAGAAAUUUCAUCUGGGUCGUGCGGCCACCGAUCGGUUUCGACAUAAACUCGGAGUUCCGAGCAGAAGAAUGGUUGCCGGAAGGGUUUCUGGGGAGGGUUGCGAAGAAGGGGUUGGUGGUUCACGAUUGGGCACCGCAGGUGGAGAUUCUGUCACACGGGGCAGUUUCCGCGUUUCUGAGUCACUGUGGGUGGAACUCGGUGCUGGAAUCGCUGAGUCACGGCGUGCCGAUUCUCGGGUGGCCGAUGGCGGCGGAGCAAUUUUUCAACUGCAAGAUGUUGGAGGAAGAGCUUGGUGUUUGUGUGGAGGUUGCGAGAGGGAAGAGGUGUGAGGUUAGGCAUGAGGAUCUGGUGGAGAAGAUUGAAUUGGUGAUGAAUGAGGCUGAGAGUGGAGUGAAGAUUAGGAAGAAUGCUGGAAACAUCAGAGAGAUGAUAAGGGACGCUGUGAGAGAUGAAGAUGGUUAUAAGGGUUCUUCUGUUAGGGCCAUUGAUGAGUUCUUAUCAGCUGCUAUGUCACUGAAUGAAUAAUUUAAAAUAGUUGACUUAUAAAUUAUAAAUUCUUAAGGAUAUUUCACUCACAUCACUAAGUAUUGUUUCCAUUGAGCAUUGCUUGUGGAUUUCACUGCUCUUGGGUAAUUUGAUGUAGAAUAUUAGUGCUUUGUUUUGUUUUGUUUUGUUUUUUGAAUAGAAUAUUAGUGCUUUGUUGAUUCUCAUGUCUGUUGGCUUUAUGUACAUCACCUAUUUGAUGAAAUGAAACAAAUGCUAAGCCAUUGCAAUA